AUGGGGGCCAAACGGGGGCAAAAGCAUCGACUUGAAAAUAUAGAAAAUAAAAAGUCAGAACCAGAUAAAUCAAUUGCUUUGAACAAAUAUACAGCUCUGACUGAAAAUGAAUACUAUAGUAAUCUUCAAACCGUGAAGAAGGUGCACAUACAUCCUCCUAGUGCGCUCAGAGUGCUACUUCCGGAUGGUAGAUACAUGGCAUAUCGUGAGAUAGGAGUUCCAGCUGACAAAGCUAGAUUUUCGUUGGUCACUCCACACGGUUUCCUCUCUUCUCGGCUUGCGGGUAUACCAGGUGUCAAAGUGUCCUUGUUGGAAGAAUACAGUGUUCGAUUAAUCACUUACGAUCUUCCCGGUUUUGGAGAGAGCGAUCCUCAUCCUAACAGAAACCUCAGUUCAUCAGCUCUGGAUAUGUCAUACUUAGCAGAAGCUGUAGGAGUAAAGGGGAAAUUCUGGGUUCUGGGAUAUUCAAGUGGCUCUAUGCAUGCAUGGGCUGCACUAAAAUAUAUUCCAAAUCGGGUUGCAGGUGCCGCCAUGUUUGCUCCAUGGAUCAAUCCAUACGAAUCAAGCAUGAGUAAAGAAGAGAGGUCUGGAACUUGGAAAAACUGGACGCGAAAAAGAAAAUUCUUGUACUAUCUAGCUCGAAGAUUUCCUAAAUUUCUUGGUUACCUUUACCGUCAAACCUUUCUCUCUGGAAAGCAUGGACAAAUAAAUAAAUGGUUAUCUUUGUCACUGGGAAAAAAGGAUACAACUCUGGUUAAAACGUCAGAUUUUGAAGAAUUUUGGCACAGGGAUGUUGAAGAGUCGAUUCGUCAAGGUAAAACAAAACCAUUUAUCGAGGAAGCUGUAAUUCAAGUGUCCAAUUGGGGUUUCAGCCUCGUUGAUCUCCAAGUUCAAAGGAAAUGUCAAAGAAAAGGCAUUUUCCCAUGGCUGCAGUUCAUAUAUGGUGAGGCAGAAUGUGAAUUGACUGGAUUUCUUGGCCCAAUUCACAUAUGGCAGGGAAUGGAUGAUAUGGUGGUUCCUCCCCCGAUGACUGAUUACGUUGUUCGUGUUCUGCCAAAUACCUUCAUGCAUAGACUUACAGAAGAGGGUCACUUCUCCUAUUUCUUUCUGUGCAAUGAUUGUCACAAACAAAUAUUCUCUACCCUUUUUGGUAACCCACAAGGUCCACUUGAUACUGUAGAUGUAGCUCCAAUAAAAGAAAACGGAGACGAUGAAUCGACUAAAGCAGAUUCUGCCAUUGGGAUUUGAUUCUAAUUGUUGGUUGAAAUAGCUAAGUAUGUCUCCAAUGGGGAUGCUUAUAUUCUUGGUGGAGCAUGAGAGGUGAAAAGCCAGAAAAUUCUUGAUUUUUGUUUGCUGGAGUAAAUUUAUUUCUUCUUACUAUAGAUGUCAAAAAUGCAGAAUCAUUGCUCUUGAUCUUUUCAAGCAAUAUCUCUUUUACUUUAUUUAGAAGCAAGAUACUGACUACCACCUGCAUCAGGAUGGUUAAGAUUAAUAAAAGAUAGACUAUUAUGAGAUA